AUGGGGACUCCUGAUGGUUUCUCUUCAACUUCUCUCCGGUCAAGCUUCUCCUUAUCUGGCUUUGGUCCUAUUUUGCAGUACUGGGAAUCGAUCUAUACUGCUUUCUCCAGCCCAAGUGCCUUCGUUUCUUCCCUUGGCUCUUUCCAACCCAUCGAUGCCAAUGGCUCCAUAAACUGGGGAAAGGUUGUGUUCUUGACCACCUGUUUCGCUGCCAUGGCCGGCUGCGGAUUCUUGUCUUCGAUGCUGCGGCGCACGAGCACAAAGCGACUGCAAGAGAGCAGGCGCUUUCGUCGCUCAGCACACAAGAACUACUCUAAAGCCUCCGCUGAGACAAUGACCUCUUCUGAGGAUGAAGACUACGAUAGCAAUGGGUCUCUACGUCAUGGUACUGAAGGCGCUCUUUGCGAGAAAGAAGCGGCUCCUAAACACCGUGAGGAAUCGGCAAAUGCUCUUACUACGGAUCCUGGACUCUUGAGGAAGCAUUCCUCGUACAUUUCUUAUACAACUUCUGUCGCUACCUACCCGUCUAUCAGAACAUUCUUCUGUCCACACCCUCAGAUGAGCAAAUUUCCCACCAAACCAUCUCCGGUUCCGUUGCUGGUGUUUGUACACGGUUUGGGUGGAUCCCUGGCACAGUUCAACCACGUUUUGGCGAGCUUGUCCAACAUCGGCCCCUGCUUCGGAAUUGACCUGCCAGGGUGCGGUCGAUCGGAGUUUGCGCCAAGUUCCUGGGAUGCUUAUACGGUGGAAGCAUUGGCAGAAUUGAUUUUUGCCGCCAUCGAAAAGCAUCGCGACCGAGAGGCUGGUCAGGGCGUGGUCCUGGUUGCCCACAGUUUGGGCUGUUCUCUGUCGGCGUUAUUGGCAUCCUCCAACUCGUCUAUUGGCGCCGAAUUGAAGGAACAUGUUCUCGGUCUUAUUGCAGUCUGUCCCCGGGCGGCACCACCAUCUGCUCAUGAAACCACCAUGUUUCGUCGACUGCUUCAUAUCCCGAGUCCUAUCUUUGACCUCUGGCGUCGGUGGGAUCGACGUGGCGGCCCGGAUAGCGCUAGUGUCGCAAGAUUUGUCGGCUCGGAUGCAGAUAUCGAUACAAGGGAGCUCCAAGUUCGUUACAACAAGCAGAGCAAGACUUCUGUUUGGAGACGAAUGGCUUGGGGAACGCUACCGGAAUAUAGCAACGACAGAGUCACCGGAGGAAUGCCAGGAGAGGAAGUCUGGGCUGGAAUCCAGGCGCCUGUUCUUCUUGUUGCCGGUGAAUCUGAUGCGAUCACUAAACCAGAAGAGAUCCAGAAAAUCCUCGGAUUCUUCAGCGGCUCUAAAUCCAAUGCAAAGAUCACUACUAGCAGCAGCAUUGUUCCCGAUGCGUCCAGUAUCCAUGAUCAAAUGCCAGCGUCCCACGACAGCCGUGCUCAUGAGGAGGAGUAUGGGGUUGAGCCACAGUAUAGCGAAAAGGAUUUGGGAGAUGUUCAGGUUUCGGAAAAACCAAGAAGGUCCAUCAAGACAGCAAUCCUCCCAGCCCCGGCCUCGCACGCUCUUCUCUACGACCGUGCGACAUAUCGCACCUUGUCAGGAAUCAUCCAAGACUUCCUCUGCCACCAUGUUGACAACCGGCUGAGCCUCGGAUGGCAGCUACAGUAUCUCAACACUUCUGGAAAGUGGGAUGUCAAGAACCUGGCCAAAUGGCAGAAAGUGCCACCCAUGUCGGAACCACUGGCAGACACCUUUGCAGCGCUCAAGAUGCUGCGCGAGGUGGACGAUCAACACAACCCCGUGCUCUUCUCAGAGAAGAACUACGACCGAGUGUACGCUGUGAUUGAUAUCAGUCACGAGAGUCCUGUCUACAACCCGGCAUCGCUGGAAAAGGGUGGGAUUCAUUACUACAAGCACCCGACGGUGUCAAAGAUCCCCCCAGGGCCUGAUGAGACUCGGGAUUUCAUCGCCUUAGUAGAUCGACUGCAGGAAGAGAUUACGGAGAAGAUGGAGAAGAGAGGCGAUAGCACACUUCCACGCCCCCUGGUUGGGGUUCACUGUCACUACGGAUUCAACCGGACUGGCUUUUUGAUAGCGUGCUACCUCAUCGAACGACGCGGAUUCAGUGUACAGGGAGCGAUUGACGAGUUUGAGAAACGGCGACCUCCGGGGAUUCGCCAUGGGCAUUUUAUUGAUACCUUGUUUGUGCGAUAUUGUCUUGGGCUCAAGAGAGCGCCGACGCUGGAGAGUUGA